AUUUGUAUUCCCCUCAUGAACAUUCAAAACUUGAUGCAGUAAUUGGGAGCAGCACAUGGAAAUGCACCUCCUGAAACCUCCAUUCCAGAUACUGCCGAAUAAGUUACAAUCAGUGCUCUAGCCUUGAUCAAAAUGCUCAAACAUGCAAGAGCAGGCAUCCCCUUUGAAGUCAUGGGUCUACUCCUAGGUGAUAUAGUAGACGACUACCACAUCAGAGUCUAUGAUGUAUUCUCAAUGCCUUAGACAGCGAGCAGUGUGUCUGUGGAAUCAGUGGAUCCUAUUUUCUAAUAAAAAAUGGUUGAAUUGCUCAAUUUAACUGGGAGAAUGGAAAAUUGCAUAGGAUGGUACCAUUCCCAUCCCUCUUAUGGCUGUUGGUUAUCAAGCGUCGACAUCAAUACACAAUAAUCAUAUGAAUAAUUAAAUAAGAAAUCCAUUGCUGUUGUUAUUGACCCCAUCCAAUCAGUUAGAGGCAAGGUCGUCAUCGAUGCAUUUAGAUUGAUUCCCCAAUCAAGCAUGAUCACUCAAUAGGAACCACGACAAACCACAUCCAACACUGGCCAUCUUCAAAAACCUGGACUUGAGGCUCUGUUAAGAGGACUCAAUAGAUACUAUUAUUCCAUCAAUAUUAAAUUUAAAUGCAACGAUUUGGAAUAGAAGAUGCUUCAGAAUCUGUAUAAGAACAGUUGGGCUGAAGGAUUGAAAUGCAAUUCGGCAAUUGAGAAUAGCAAUAAAAAUGAGUUAUGCGUUGAGGAGAUGUCAAAAUUGGCUUCAGAGUAUCAAAAAUUGAUAGAUGAUGAAUCAAAAAAGGGAGAGCAGGAAACCAAAAUAAAGAAUACAGGCAAGAGGGAUCCUAAAAAACAUCUAGGGUUGAAGGUUGAUGAACUGUUAGAUGAAAAUCUCAAUGCCAUUUUGGGAAGGAUGAUGGCUACUAAAGCAUUUUGAUUUGAAUUUGUUAUAUUAAUAAAAAUGAUUAAUAAUUUGA